UUGGCAAAUCCUAAACUCAAAAUCUUCUUCAAUCCACGACGAAUCACGCGAUCGACUGAUUCAUCAUCUUCUUCUUCUUCCUUCUCGUCCUCCUUGGAAUCAAUUCUGUCAAAGGGCGACAAAGGAGGAAGAAAUGGAGGAGUUUGUGGACCAUUACAUAGUUCUAGGUUUACCUUCUGGAGAGGAAGCUCAGAACCUUAGCGAGAAGGAGAUUUCAAAAGCAUACAGGCUGAAAGCUUUGUACUUGCAUCCGGACAAACGCCGAGACGAUCCCGAUGCUCAUGAGAAGUUUCAGAGGCUCAAGACAUCUUACGAGGUUCUCAAAGACGAGAAAGCUCGGAAGCUCUUCGAUGAUCUUCUUAGAAUCCAGCGCGAGAAACAGCACAAGAAAUCGCAGGUGGAUUCCAAGAGGCGCAAGAUGAUGUCUGAUCUGGAGGAAAGGGAGCAGCGUUCUGGUUUUGCUCCUAGUCAUGCCGCGGCUAGACCUUAUGAUGAAGAGGAGAGAAUCGCAAGGAAGCUUAAGGAGGAGGUGGAUAGGAUACGUGCACAACAUGCCAAGAAGAGAGGCGGUUUCGAAACUCCUCCUGAGAGUGGUGGUGAUGAUGUAAAGAGGGGAGAAGAUAGAAGUGGAAGUGGAGGUGGAGGUGGUGCUAGUGUUCAGCUUGAUAAAGAGAGAAUGUUGAAGGUUUCUUGGGAAACGAUUGGUGAAGGUUAUACAGCGGGAAGACUCAGAGAAGUGUUUUCAGAGUUUGGUGAGGUUGAAGAUGUUGUUAUAAGAAGUACCAAGAAGAAGUGCUCCGCUCUUAUUGUAAUGGCUACCAAAGAUGGAGCUGUAGCAGCGACGAGAACACUGUGUGGUGAUCUCUCUAACCCAUUACUAGUUGUACCUCUUCAAAGAGCAGCACAAACCGAUUUUCAAACCGCUAAGAAAUCCGCAGAAGCAGAACCGCAGAGUAACAUAGUAGGUGCUGGUUACCAAGCUUAUGAAGACCAGGUCAUGGAAAGACUUAAAAAGGCGGCUAUGAACCAGAAAUGAUAAAAAGGAGUAUAAUUAAGCCACAUGAUGUUAAGCUCAAGCUUCUUCAAGACCAAAGUGGAAGUCUCUAUUUCAUAUCAUAGACUCGUGGUCCUUGCAUGUUCUUUUUCUUGUAAUGAUAUAGAGUUCAACAAGUAUUUGUGGACAUCCAUUGUCAAAUGAUUGUUAUAGAAUCUAUAAUUCUACUAACUCUAAAAGUCGUACAAAUGUUUUCUUUGUGUGGGAAUUAAUGUCUCGAGUUCACGUGUUUGUUUUGC